AAAACUGGUCAUUACUCAUAACAAAUCAAAGUGCAUGACAUGAGCUAAACAAAGACUUUAUCAAGCUGACAAAACAGAUCCCCCCUCUCUUUCUCUCUCUCUCUCUCUCUCUCCGUGGAAGUACUGCAGCCUCCAUGGCUGCUUCUGUUUACUGGCUCAAGUUUCCGUGCCGGCCACGGCCCGUGGCUUCUUUAAGAGGCUUGCUAUUCCCACGCACCAGUUUAGCUUUGUUCGCCGCGGUUUUGAUUUUCUGCUGCAUCUCUUUCACCUCAAGACUUAUGAUCAAUCUACACAAAAACAACGACAAUCAUCUUGAUGUAAACGAUGCACCCACGAAACAAAUGAUCCAGAUUUCGCUUCCCAAACCCACUAGAAGCUCUGUUCUCGAACUUCACGUCUCGAAUGCUUCAGCCAAAGGUGAUCACGAAGCCGCGGAUGCCACGAACUACGAUACAACGGAAGGAAUUCAGAGUCAAUUGCCGGAAGAAGUUCCAACCGCCCCGAAAGUCGAUGAAGAUGAUGAUGCCCCUGAUACCUCGGUGGACAAUAGAAGGGAAGAUGCUGAGAGUCGAUUGCCAGAACACAGUCUAGCUGCUCCAAUUGUCGAAGUUGACGAUGAAGCCACCGAUACCUCGGACGAUAGAAGGGAAGACUCUGAUCAGAAUCAAUUGCCGGAAGAAAGUCCAGUCGAUGAUGAUGCCCCCGAUGCCUUGGACGACAUAAAGGAAGGAGUUGGUAGUCAAUUUCCAGAAGAAAGUCGAGCCGGUACAAUAGUCGAAAUUGUUGAGGACGCCCGUGAUGACAAUAGAAAGGAAGGAACUCAGAGUCAAUUGUCGGAAGAAAGUUUAGUCUCUCCAAUAGUUGAAGUUGAUGAUGAAGCCACCGAUAUCUUGGACGAUAGAAGGGAAGACUCUGAUCAAAAUCAAUUGCCGGAAGAAAGUCCAGUCGAUGAUGAUGCCCCCGAUGCCUUGGACGACAGAAAGGAAAGAGUUGGUAGUCAAUUUCCAAAAGAAAGUCUAGCCGGUACAAAAGUUGAAGUUGUUGAGGAAGCCCAUGAUGACAAUAGAAAGGAAGGAACUCAGAGUCAAUUGUCGGAAGAAAGUUCAGCCUCUCCAAUAGUUGAUGAUGAAGCCCUUGAUGCCUUGGACAAUAAAAGGGAAGAAACUCAGAGUCAAUUGACCGAAGAAAGUUCAGACUCUCCAAUAGGAAACUCUGUCGAUAACGACAAUGAGGUGUACCACGACAACGAUCUCUUUUUCGAGAACUACAAGAAAAUGAACAAAAGUUUGAAGAUUUACGUUUACCCCCAUAGCCCCCACGACCACUUCGCCAACGUGCUCCUGCCGGUGACUUCCGUACCAAGGGGAAACUAUGCGAGUGAAAGUUAUUUCAAAAAGGCCCUCAUGAAAAGCCAUUUCAUCACAAAGGACCCCUCCAAGGCAGACUUCUUCUUCUUACCCUUCUCCAUUACCGGCAUGAGGAUUGACAAGAGGAUUGGGGUGGGUGGGAUGCAAGACUAUGUCCAGGAUUAUGUGUAUAAUGUUAGACAGAAAUACCCUUACUGGAAUAGGACUGGUGGGGCAGAUCAUUUCUACGUGGCUUGCCAUUCCAUUGGGAAAAUAGCCAUGGGGAAGGCUGUAGAAGUUAAGAACAAUGCCAUUCAAGUGGUGUGCUCUUCAAAUUAUUUUGUGAAUGGGUAUGUUGCUCACAAGGAUGUUUCAUUGCCUCAGAUUUGGCCGCGACAUGGGAAUCCUCCACGAGUUGAACCAUCAAAAAGGAAGAGGCUGGCCUUUUUCGCCGGAGCAAGCAACUCCCCGCCUCGACAAUACCUCGUCAAAACUUGGCGAAACGACUCUGAGAUCUUCGCCCACGCCGGCCGCCUCAAAACCCCGUAUGAAACAGAGUUCCUGAGGAGCAAGUUCUGCUUCCACGUCAAGGGCUUCGAAGUCAACACCGCCCGAAUAGGCGACGCCAUGUACUACGGCUGCGUCCCCGUGAUCCUAGCCGACCACUACGACCUCCCGUUCGGAGAUAUCCUGAACUGGAAGAGCUUCUCUGUCGUUGUUGAAACAAGCGAUAUUCCACUGAUGAAGAGUAUUUUGAAAGGCAUCGGGGAUGAAGAGUACUUGAGGCUGCAGAAGAAUGUUGAGAAGGCGAGGAAACAUUUCCAGUGGCAUGGGGAACCAAUCGAGUACGAUUGUUUCCACAUUGUUAUGUACGAGUUGUGGCUUCGAAGAAAUUAUGUGAGGGUUCCGUUGUCUUAAAUAGCAGAGGAACCUUCACAUUUAUUAUAAGACGCCCGAAUCCACAAUUUCUCGCAAGGAGCAUAUUGCUUCUGCCACAUUUAUUAUAGUGUGUGUGUGUGAGAGAGAACUGACCUCCAAAAUUGUUUAAAUUCGAUACCCAUAUUGAAGAGGAGAUCGAAUCUGAAACCCAAUUUGAAGAGGAGGUCGAGAGAGAGAAUCGCUGAUCAAGGCGUUGAAGUUCGAGACAUUGAGUUUCGCGAUACAUGAGGCGAAAUUAAAAUAAAAAAUCAAUAAACUGAGCUUUAUGAACAACUCAACGCUGAUAUGUUCACCGCAUAUUAUUAGUUUUUGGUUUUUAUUUUCACGCGCAAGUUAGAUUUU